ACCAAACAUACGACCCGUCUAAACCACGCCUUAGAUUAAAGAUCUUAAUCAUUGCGGACUUUAGUCGUUACCAUUUCUUUCUUUUAAUUUGAUUGUAUCGCCGAUUGCGCUUACUCCUCAAAAUGGCCUCCGAAAAGAAGGACAAGCUCGAGCCUCAAAUUAAAUCCGUCGACAUGUCGGAAGAUAUGCAGCAGGAGGCUGUCGAAGUCGCUAUCGAGGCUAUGGAAAAGUACCACAUUGAGAAGGAUAUUGCUCAAUACAUCAAGAGAGAAUUUGAUUCUCGCAAAGGUGCUACAUGGCACUGUGUGGUCGGAAGGAACUUUGGCAGCUUUGUCACGCACGAAACGAAGCAUUUUAUCUACUUCUAUCUCGGUCACUGCGCCAUCCUACUCUUCAAGACACAAUAGAUUACAACGGGCAUCAGACCCAUAUACUACGGUUCGAACCGAAAAUCGCCCGUCGGAGCUCACAGCAUACCAUGGCGUAUGCUAUUCCAAGGCUCCCAUACCACUUUGUCACGAUUCCCCAACCACAGCGAGAGGGUGUAUUGAAACCAGAGCACUUUAUAGUUACCUCCGCGUGCUUUUUCUGUUACUAAGUUUACUGUUCGGUGUUAUUAUUGGCAAAAUAAAUCUCUCUGGAAUUAUAGUCGAGAACACGCCAGAUCCUGCCGUAUGCCUGCCACGUAAACACAUGCAUAACCAACUCCUCACUUUGCCGAUUAUUCCAAUAAAGUAUUCAACUCUGCAAGUGAAUAAC